AUGGACAGCACAGACAAGGAAACGAGGUCAGACUCGUCGCGGAAUGAUGGCCUCGUGGAUGUUGAGGCGGCCGCAACAGAGAGUCGCGUCGGGCGCGUACUGAGUCGAAUCGCGUCGGUUCCGAUAACAGACCCUGGCCCUCCACCCGAUGGAGGCUACUCUGCGUGGAUGGCUGCUCUCGCCGCUCACUUUAUCUUCAUGGACACAUGGGGUUUUAUCAACUCUUUCGGAGUCUUCCAGACAUACUAUGUUGAAUUGCUGAAGCGACCACCUGCCGACGUCUCUUGGAUCGGCUCUAUUCAAGUCUUCCUGCUGUUCUUCAUUGGUGCCUUUUCAGGCCGAUUCACAGACGCAGGCUACUUUCGCCCUCUGUUUCUCUGCGGAUCAUUCUUAAUUCUUCUCGGCACCUUCGCAACCUCAUGGUGCACCCAGUACUGGCAAAUACUUCUUUCUCACGGCGUUUGCGUUGGCAUAGGAAACGGUCUCUCAUUCUGUCCAACAUUGGCAGUACUGUCUACGUACUUUGACAAGAGAAGAGCCGUGGCUAUUGGUAUCGCGGCUGUAGGCAGCGCCUCGGGAGGACUCGUCUUUCCAAGCACCGUUAGACAAUUGCUCCCUUCGGCUGGGUUUCCCUGGGCGAUGCGCACGCUGGGCUUCAUUCAGUUGGCAACCCUGACGAUUGGGUUCAUCUUUUUGAAGCCUCGGCUGCCGCCGCGAAAAAAGGCCCAGUUGGUGGACCUGAGGGCCUUCCAAGAGUUGGAAUAUUCCUUCUACGCUGCCGGUGGCUUUUUCUCGUUCAUGGGGGUAUAUUUCGCCUUCUACUACGCCGCCUCGUAUAGUCGAGACGAACUCGGCUUCUCAUACCCGAACUCGCUCAACCUACUUCUGAUCUUGAACGGCAUUGGUUUCAUCGGACGUCUUGUUCCCAACUGGUUCGCCGACAAGGUGGGAACUAUCACCGUGUUUACUCCCAUGGCCUUUCUCUCUGGAGUUUUGACAUAUUGUUGGAUUGCCGUCAAGACGCCGACCGGCCUCUACAUUUGGACCGUCGUAUUCGGUUUCGUGGGCAACGCCGUCCAGGCUCUCUUCCCGGCCGGCGUCAGUGCUCUGACAACAGACCCAAGCAAGCAGGGGACGCGCAUCGGUAUGAUAUUUACAAUCGUCAGUUUCGCCGUGCUGAGCGGACCUCCCAUCGCGGGCGCCAUCAUCACCGCAUGCGGCGGGAGAUACUACGGCGCUCAGGCCUUUGCAGGCAGCUGUCUCAUGAUCGGAACCUUCUUCUUAGCGCUGGCACGGGUAGUCAAGACCAAGAAGAAAGGCGAAGGGUGGUUUGCAAAGAUUUAG